CGAUGCUGGGGUUGGAGGCGGAAGCAGCGGCAAUAAGAUGCCGACGCUUGAGAAGUAUGGCACCAAUCUUACAAAGCUGGUGAAGGAGGGUAAAUUAGAUCCUGUUGUUGGAAGGAAACAACAAAUAGAGCGGGUGACCCAAAUUUUGGGCAGGCGGAGAAAGAACAACCCUCUCCUUAUUGGAGAGCCUGGUGUUGGGAAGACAGCGAUUGCAGAAGGGCUAGCUCAGCGCAUUGCUAAUGGGGAUGUACCAGAGAUUAUUGAAGGAAAGAAUGUGAUUACCCUGGAUAUGGGGCUUCUUGUUGCUGGAACAAAAUAUCGUGGAGAGUUUGAGGAGAGAUUAAAGAAGCUGAUGGAGGAAAUCAAACAAAGUGAUGAGAUAAUACUAUUUAUUGAUGAGGUACAUACUCUGAUUGGAGCAGGAAGAGGUCAGGGUGCAAUUGAUGCUGCAAACAUCUUGAAACCAGCUCUCGCAAGAGGUGAACUUCAGUGUAUUGGUGCCACGACACUUCAUGAAUACCGGAAGCACUUUGAGAAAGACCCAGCUCUGGAACGGCGAUUCCAGCCAGUAAAAGUGCCUGAACCAUCUGUAGAUGAGACAAUACAGAUUCUGAAGGGGCUACGAGAAAGAUAUGAACUUCACCACAGACUCCGUUACACAGAUGAUGCUCUAGUUGCUGCUGCGCAGUUGUCAUAUCAAUACAUAAGUGACCGUUUCCUCCCCGAUAAAGCAAUUGACUUGGUUGAUGAGGCUGGUUCUCUUGUUCGUCUUCGUCAUGCACAGCUCCCUGAGGAUGCUAGAGAGCUUGACAAAGAGCUGAGACAGAUUACCAAGGAGAAAAAUGAAGCUGUCCGCAGUCAAGACUUUAGAAAGGCUGGGGAACUGCGGGAUCGGGAAAUGGAACUGAAGACCCAGAUCUCAGCCUUAAUCAAGAAAGGCAAAGAGAAGAGUAAAGCAGAAAGCGAGGCAGGUAAUGCAGGUCUAAUUGUGACAGAAGUGGAUAUCCAGCAUAUUGUCUCUUCUUGGACUGGAAUCCCUGUCGAGAAAGUCUCAAGCGACGAGUCGGACCGCCUCCUCAAAAUGGAAGAGACUCUCCACAAGCGAGUCAUCGGUCAGGACGAAGCUGUCAAAGCCAUCAGCCGUGCCAUCCGCCGCGCCCGUGUUGGCCUCAAGAACCCCAACCGCCCAAUUGCCAGCUUUAUCUUUUCUGGCCCGACUGGUGUUGGAAAAUCGGAAUUGGCAAAGGCACUAGCUGCUUGUUAUUUCGGCUCUGAGGGAGCCAUGAUCACUCUCGACAUGAGUGAGUUCAUGGAGAGGCAUACAGUCUCGAAGCUCAUUGGUUCACCACCUGGCUAUGUUGGGUACACAGAAGGUGGACAGCUGACAGAGGCUGUUAGCCGCCGUCCCUACACUGUUGUGCUCUUUGAUGAGAUUGAGAAGGCCCAUCCAGAUGUUUUUAAUAUGAUGCUCCAGAUUUUGGAAGAUGGGAGGCUGACGGAUAGCAAGGGCCGUACUGUGGAUUUUAAGAACACCCUGUUGAUCAUGACAUCCAACGUCGGAAGCAGUGUGAUUGAAAAGGGUGGCUGUCGGAUUGGAUUCGACCUCAACUAUGACGAGAAGGACAGCAGUUAUAACCGGAUAAAGAGCCUGGUAACUGAGGAGCUGAAGCAGUACUUCCGACCAGAGUUCCUGAACAGGCUGGACGAGAUGAUUGUCUUCCGGCAGCUGACGAAGCUUGAGGUGAAGGAGAUUGCAGAUAUCAUGCUAAAGGAGGUGUUCGAGAGGCUGAAGUCAAAGGAUAUCAAGCUUCAGGUGACGAAGAGAUUCAGGGACCAGGUUGUCAAUGAAGGUUACAGCCCAAGUUAUGGGGCGCGUUCACUUAGGAGGGCGAUCAUGAGGCUUCUGGAGGACAGCUUGGCAGAGAAGAUGCUUGCAGGGGAGAUCAAAGAGGGGGAUUCUGCAAUUGUGGACGUUGAUGCGGAUGGGAAUGUGACUGUGCUCAAUGGAAGCAGUGGCAUUCCACAGCCAGUGUCACAACGGUGCCAUUCCACAGCUAGACCCAUUGUGAUGUGGACAUUACUGACUGUUCCUUUAGAGUAUACCAGAGGAGGGAAGUGGCUCCGACCAGAGAAGAUGCUUGCAAGGGAGAUCAAAGAGGAGGAUUCUGCAAUUGUGGACGUUGAUGCUGAUCGGAAUGUGACUGUGCUCAAUGGAAGCAGUGGCAUUCCACGGCUAGUGCCACAAUGGUGCCAUUCCACAGCUAGAGCCAUUGUGAUAUGGACAUUAAUGGCGCUUCCUUUAGAGUAUACUAGAGGAGGGAAGUGGCUCCGACAAAGUACCGGGGCGGAGGAGUUGAUGUGGAUGUACGCCGGGUAA